GUCUGGCGGAGGGCGCCUCCGAAGGAGGAGCAGCGGGAGGAAGAGGGGCACGGCCGUCGCCUUUCCAGGGUCCCUCUUAGGGCGACGUCUGCUUUGCCCACCUCCGGCGGCCGGGCGGGCUUUCCAAAAGAGGGCGCACGAGGGCUCUCCAAAAGCGCUUUUUGCGCGCCGGGGACGCUUUUUUGCGCGUCCGGUUGGGGAUCCCCGUUCCGAGUUGCCCCGACCGACAGCGGAGGGGAGGAUUCCGCCCGGGCCGAUGGAGAAGCUCAAGCGGCGGGAGCAGCCGCUGCGCUCCGCCAACUGCAACUGCUACGGGCCGGCGGAGAAGCCGCCUCCCGGGGAGGCCGCCCGCGGGCCGAGGGCGCCCGAGAGCUGGAAGGAAGAGCGGACGCGCAGCGAGGAGGACAACGAGCUCCACCUGCCCAGCCUGACGGCCGCCUACGCCACCAUCCUGCGCGCCCUGGGCGAGGACCCCCAGCGGCAGGGGCUGCUGAAGACCCCCUGGAGGGCCGCCACCGCCAUGCAGUUCUUCACCAAGGGCUACCAGGAGACCAUCACAGAUGUGCUGAACGAUGCCAUAUUUGACGAAGACCACGACGAAAUGGUGAUUGUGAAGGAUAUCGACAUGUUCUCCAUGUGUGAGCAUCACUUGGUUCCAUUUGUUGGAAAGGUCCACAUAGGUUACCUCCCUAACAAACAAGUCCUCGGCCUCAGCAAGCUGGCCAGGAUUGUGGAAAUCUACAGCCGAAGGUUACAGGUUCAGGAGCGCCUUACGAAACAGAUCGCCGUCGCCAUCACGGAAGCCUUACAGCCCGCAGGGGUCGGGGUGGUGGUCGAAGCAACGCACAUGUGCAUGGUGAUGCGUGGAGUCCAGAAAAUGAACAGUAAGACUGUAACCAGCACGAUGCUCGGAGUCUUCCGGGAAGACCCGAAGACGCGGGAAGAGUUCUUGACGCUCAUCCGCAGCUAGGAUGCCCCCUCCUCACGGGACUUCUGUGGAUUGUCUUGUCUAGGUGUCGCCGUCUCUGCUCUCUGUUCAUCUUUCUCUUUUCUUUAGACUUCCACCGUCACUUCUGAUAUUCUCUUUAAAGCAGUUUUGUAACAGCUUCUUCCUUCCUUCUUUUUUUUUUGUGUGAAACGGUAAGUCCAAAGUCCUUGAUCGCUCAAACUGUUCCAUCACGCUGAAGGUUUUAGUAGUCUUCAAAAUGUUUCCUGUACCUUUGUGUUAUGAGACUUAAAACUAGCGUUCGGGGCAAAUUCACACACCCAGCGGACAUGUUUUGUGUUCUGUGCUGGCUCGGUUGGUCUCUUAAUUAAAAAAAUAGUGCUUUUAUAGUAAUUUAAAA